GGACUGCUGUCUGCGCCCCGGGUGCUCCCGCUAGCGUCGGGCGAGGACCUGGAGAGGGCGCGGGCUGGGAUGCUGGAGGUUCACAUCCCGUCGGCCGGGCCUGAGGCCGAGGGGUCCAGGCAGAGUCCAGAGAAGAGCCACAUGGUGUUCCGAGUGGAGGUGCUGUGCGGCGGGCGCAGACACACGGUGCCGAGGCGCUACAGCGAGUUCCAUGCGCUGCACAAGCGGAUCAAGAAACUGUACAAAGUGCCCGACUUCCCCUCAAAACGCCUGCCCAACUGGAGGACCAGAGGAUUGGAACAGCGCCGGCAGAGCUUGGAGGCCUACAUCCAGGGCAUCCUGUAUCUGAACCAGGAUGUGCCCAAGGAACUACUGGAAUUCCUGAGACUUCGGCACUUCCCCACAGACCCCAAGGCCAGCAGCUGGGGCACCCUUGGGGAGUUCCUGCCCAACGACUGCAGCUCACAGCUGCACCACCGGCCCGUCAUCAGUUUCUGCGUGGAUCCCUACAUUUGCAGCUCCUCCCCAGAGCCUCUGCCCAGCGUGGUGGUGAAUGGUGUGCUCCAGGGCCUCUACAGCUUUAGCAUCAGCCCCAUCAAAGCCCAGCCAACAGCUGCCUGUCACUCUGCUCCUCUGCCAUUGAUGCCCUGAUCAGGCCAGCGGCUUUUGGGCCACCUGCCAGGAGUCACGUGCCUUAGUCCUGAGUCUCAUAUAAGGCAUCAAGGUUGGGUUCCCCUGUGGCCCGGGACCUGGGACUUACCCACCCACCGGGUUUUGCCCAGUCUCCACUCGGGGCUCAGAACUCAGCCUGCAGUAGUAGCUGGGGAUGGUACUCAUGUGCCCUUAGGGCCCCAGGACCAAUAGAAGAUAAGGAAUAAAGGGAGAAGUCACCUUAGAGACAGGCUAUGGAAAGGUACAGGUGUAUUUCUUAAUCUAGACUAGAAUACAAAUCUAAGCCAAGAUGGGUGGGUGGGGGAAGGUGGUUGGGAGGGGGGCAAAGGUUGAGGCACAGUAGUUGGCCAAGUUUAGAAGCAAGGGACAAAAGCUCCUGUCUGACUCUGUGUAAAAGGUUCAGGCAGGACCCUAAGGAAGGGGCUGGCAUCCACUGCCACAGGAGAAUCCCAGACAUGGUGGGGGGGAGUACUGUAUACCCAAGAACCCAGCCCACAUGCAGGUUAUAAAAAACCCACUUUUUCAUUUA